GUGGUAUCCAUCUUUAAGUCACGUGAACAAUCAAACUUCCUUUUCCGGUAAACUGCAACCAUGUCGCUCGUAAUCCCAGAGAAGUUUCAGCAUAUUCUGCGUAUUAUGAAUACGAACAUCGACGGUCGUAGGAAGUCGAUGUUUGCUAUUACUGCCAUUAAGGGUAUUGGACGACGAUUUGCCAAUGUAGUUUGUAAAAAGGCCAAUAUUGAUUUAAAUAAACGUGCUGGUGAAAUGACAGAAGAGGAGGUUGAUAGAGUUUUAACAGUCAUGUCAAACCCUCGUCAGUACAAAAUUCCUGACUGGUUCCUUAACAGACAGAAGGACAUUAAAGAUGGAAAAUACAGUCAAAUUAUGGCAAAUGCUCUUGACAACAAGUUGCGUGAAGAUUUGGAGCGGUUAAAAAAGAUCAGAGCUCAUCGUGGUCUGCGUCAUUUCUGGGGUUUGCGUGUCCGAGGUCAGCACACUAAAACAACCGGUCGUCGUGGUAGGACUGUUGGUGUGGCCAAGAAGAAGUAAAUGUAUUCUUUUAAGAUAAAUUGAAAUUGGAAAAUAAAAUGUU